UUGUUUAACUGUUGCAUUGUACAAAUGUUGCAUUGCACAACAGCUGCAUUGGUCAACUGUUGCUAUAUUCAAUUGUUGUAUUGUUCAACUGCUGCAUUGUACAAAUGUUGCACUGUCGCUAUGUUCAAUUGUUGCAUUGUUCAACUGCUGCAUUGUUCAACUGCUGCAUUGUACAAAUGUUGCAUUGGUCAACUGUCGCUAUGUUCAAUUGUUGCAUUGUUCAACUGCUGCAUUGUUCAAUUGUUGCAUUGUUCAACUGCUGCAUUGUACAAAUGUUGCAUUGGUCAAUUGUUGCAUUGUUCAACUGAUGCAUUGUUCAACUGCUGCAUUCUGCAUUGUUCAACUGUUGCAUUGUUCAUUUGCUGCACUGUUCAACUGUUGCAUUGUUCAACUGCUGCAUUUUUCAACUGCUUUAUUGUUUAUCCACUACAUUGGUCAACUGUCGCUAUGUUCAAUUGUUGCAUUGUUCAACUACUGCAUUGUUCAUCUGCCACAUUGUACAACUGCUGCAUUGUUCAUUUGCUACAUUGUUCCAUUGUUCAUCUGCUGCAUUGUUCAACUGUGGCUUUGUUCAACUGCUGCUUUGUUCAUCUGCCACAUUGUACAACUGCUGCAUUGUUCAUCUGCCACAUUGUACAACUGCUGCAUUGUUUAUCCGCUACAUUGGUCAACUGUCGCUAUGUUUAA